AUGGAUAAUCCUGAAAAUGUUUUGUCUUAUUUUCGAGAACAGAGUCACUCUAUUUCGAAGUUUGAAAUAUCAAAUAGUUUCGAAAGUAAAGAUUUUAGUAAACAAGAAUUUGUACAAAAUUUUUCUCCUUGUUUACAAACUUCACUGCAAUUUAAUAAUAAAACCAUUGAUAUUAGUACAGAAAUUGAUUCAAGCAGAACUAUUAGCGCAAGCCCAGAUAGUAAUGCAAGUAGAAGUUUAACAAAUAGUCCGCCGAUAUCACCAGGAUCUGAAGAAAACACAGGAAUAGUGUUCGAUGAUAAAAAAAAUAUAGUGUCUAGAUAUUAUGAAUUAGGUGUAAACAAUUUACGGCGAAAUCAAAAUUUUGUAUUUAAUUCAGGAAAUUCGUUAGUUUAUCCUGGAAGCGUAUACUAUCAUUCUAACAGUGGAAGUGCUUUUCACACUAUUCAAAAAGGACAUUCAAUUGGACAUCUGAUAUCAGAAACGCCUCAUCAACAUCAUAUCCAUUCGUUGCAGUUAGAAUGGUUGGCUCGAAGUGGAAUGCUUUAUCCUAGAUUAUCUACUGAUCUUACAGGUUGUACUACACAGCAUGCUCUUUUAGGGAAAACCAGACGACCAAGGACAGCUUUUACUUCACAACAACUUUUAGAAUUAGAAAAACAAUUUCGUCAGAAUAAAUAUUUAAGUAGACCUAAGCGAUUUGAAGUUGCAACAUCCUUAAUGUUAACAGAGACCCAGGUGAAAAUUUGGUUUCAAAAUCGUCGAAUGAAAUGGAAAAGAAAUAAAAAAGCCCAGCAGGAAACGAGGUCAAAUACAAAAGGACAAGAUUCAGAAGUUAUUCAAAUUGAUAAUCAGAAAUGUAGAAAUAAUUUAAAUGAUUUAACAUGUAAAUCAACUGAAUUAAUACAAAAUUCGUAUGACAGUCAGAUUAGUAUUUCAGAUAUUCAGGAGUCCUUGUAUCGCCCCUAUAUAACGUAAAGUAAUUC